CAUGCCUUGCAGUCUACUCAAUUUUUGCGAAUAUGACACAAGUAAACUCGUUAAAAUAAAAAGUGUUAAACUCGGUUCGAUGAAAUGGAUGUCGAACGGAAUUAUUUUGAUGUUUAUUUGCAUCAUGCUGCUUUGGAAUAAGGAAUAUCAGGCGUAUGACUUGGUCAUCAGCUCGGUCACCACAAAGGUCAAAGGGGUGGGGCUGACCAACAUGUCUGGCGUUGGUGAGGUAGUGUGGGACGUAGUGGACCAUAGUGGCCCUUCCCAGGGGAAGAACUCUUUCUUUGUGGUCACCAAUUUCAUUGCCACAAAGCAACAGAAGCAAGGCAAAUGCCCAGAGACGCCUCAGGCUGGGAGGCCGUGCCGCUCAGAUAAAGACUGUGAGAAGGGCUACUGGGACCAGCACAGCCACGGUGUUCAGACAGGUGUAUGUGUAAAAUUUGACAUCACCAGGAAGACCUGUGAGGUGGCAGCGUGGUGCCCCAUUGAGAACAGGAAGCAGCCCACAAGGCCUGCUCUGCUGGCAUCAGCUGAAAACUUCACAGUUCUGAUCAAGAACAACAUCCGGUUUCCAGCCUAUAACUACAUAAGGAGGAAUAUCCUACCGGACAUGACAGACACUUACCUGAAAAAGUGCAUCUUCAACCGACGAAGCCACCCGUACUGCCCCAUCUUCCGCUUGGGGGACAUAGUGGCUGAGGCAAAGGAGAAAUUCACUGAGAUUGCAAUCGAGGGGGGUGUGAUUGGGAUCCAGAUCAACUGGGACUGCGACCUGAACCGAUUCUCCCACCGGUGUUUGCCCAGCUACUCUUUCCGACGACUGGAUGAGAAGGAGAGCAAUCGAACCCUGUACCCAGGCCUAAACUUCAGGUUUGCGAGGUACUACAUAGAGAAUGGCAUUGAGUACCGGACUUUGUAUAAAGCCUUUGGGAUCCGCUUCGAUGUCAUGGUGUUUGGCAAGGCUGGGAAGUUCAGUAUAAUACAGCUUAUCAUCUAUAUUGGAUCAACUCUAUCAUACUAUGCACUGACUACUGUGUUCCUAGACUGGCUCAUUGGUACCAGCUGCUACUCCAGAGAGGCCAGAAAAUACUCAGAGAGGAAGUUUGAGUCGGUUCAGGAUCAACAGGAGUGUUUGCUCUGCAUCUCGUUUGUGGACGAGGACAAAGUACGGCUGGUGAAGAGGUCCAAAAAGAAGAGUUUACAGGCAGUGAAAGCCAUCUCAUUUCACCCGCGGAAGGAUGACUCCACGUGCUUCAGAGCCCUGGUCAGCGCGCUGCAGCCCGCAGCUAGACCGGACCUGGCUGCCCAGAAUGGGCUGGCGGAGGUCAAAGCCGAGGCGGACAGAGGGCAGAGCGUGGGCACUCCGCUGGUGGAGGUACCCCAGGGCAGCCGCCCCCCGUGGUGCCAGUGCGGCUGCUGCCCGGCGUCGUGCCAGCUGGAGGAGCAGCUGUGCUGCCGACGGGAGCGCGGGCGCUGCCUGACCUCCUCGCCGCUCUUCCGCGCCAUGGUGCUCCGGCGCUCCACCCUGGAGACCCUGCUGCUCUACCAGAGCCCCCUGGCGGAGCUGCACGAGGAGGCCCACCUGCGCCGAGGGGCCUAUGCCCAGUUCAUCAGCUGGCGCUUUGGAGGAGCUCUGCCAGAGGACGCCGUGCCAGUCAUGCCCCGCUGCUGCGUGGCCAGGGUCAGAGCGGAGUACCCCAGCCCGGACGGCCGCUACGAGGGCCUCAAGCUCAGCCGUCCCCUCAAACCAGCCGAGGGUUAGCACUAGAGGGGCACAAGAUAGUGCUCGGGUUGCACUAACCUCACUUGCAGGCAUAGAACAGAAACGUGUCUUUUCACCUUUUUUGCCUUUUUGUUCAAUAAGGAAACACAGUGGUUUCCUCUUUCAUAAUGCAAAUCUCAGACUUUGAAAUGACCACUAAAAACUGUAAACUGUGUUCACUGUGUGUGUGUGUGUGUGUGUGUGUGUGUGUGUGUGUGUGUGUGUGUGUGUGUGUGUGUGUGUGUGUGUGUGUGUGUUUGUGUGUGUGCAUGAUCAUACGCCUCCACGCGUUAACUUACCACUUUGAGUUGGAGAUUCAGGAGAAAGUUUUGAAUGUUGAAAUUUGAAUGUUAGUGUUUCCAUGGAAUUAGUCCGACUGAUAAAAUUUUUUAGAGAAGUCCUGUUUCAUGCUUCAGCAAACUAUAGCUUAUUUGAUUACCAACAAGGAUGUAUUAAACUAGGUGGCAACUGCUAUUUUUUAAAGAAUAUAUUUAUUCGUUUUCACGUUUACAACAAAUGAAAGAUGGCUCAGUUGCAUUCAACACCAAAAGUUAUAAACGUUCAUAGUGCCCCCCAUAGCGGGACCUUUCAGAGAAUCCCUGCAACAUGGUGGAAGAGUUAUCAGGCACCAAAUCAUUCAAAUAGGGCUCAUAAACUUGACUUGGCACUCCAUGCCAGUCGGUCCACCGUUCACCCACUUAACCGGUAGUGACAGUCUUUGCUGUAGGCUUUGCAUGAUGCUGAUUCAGUUCCAUACACAGCGUUUGGGUGAUACAGCUUGUGCCAGUCGUAAUCGUACAACAAGGCAGCCUCUACAAAAUUACACCACAGCCUUUAGUGGAGGUGAAACUGCUGUGCUGUUUGGAUGAGACACUUUUCUGAAUGAAUGAAUGGGAAUGAAUGUUUGUCCAUAUCUUACCCAACAUUAGAGGCAUAUGUUUACAGUUAACUUAUAUGGCCUUGUGCAGAGCACUAAUAAUAUAGUGGCCUUACUUUAUGGCAACACGUUUCUGAAAUGGUCUGCUAGUGUAAUGAGGAUCAGCGAAUACAUGUCUUGAACCCAGUAUGGACCAAAGGUUCCAGAGCGGAGCUCUCUAUGAUCUUUGGUAUGGACCCUACCAUUGGAUUGGAUGAAGUUCAAUUUAAGACUAAAAAUCUAUAAGAAAGUGUAACUCCGCCGCAUAUUGGAUAUUUGUUGACUUUGAAUCAUAUCUAAGUGACAACAUGUAGUAAAGCAUUCUUAAAUAAAUAAAUAUCUUUCAAUACCUGCCAUCCCUCAUCAACUAACAAAGGCGUUGCAUUAUAGGGGUUGUGUGUUGAAUUCUGUAGGAUUCAAGCGACACUCCUCCAUUGACUUUGCAUUGGAUUUAAUAGUGUCUGUGGCUAUGGUGAGCAGCAAUGUGUGCUUGGUUUUCCAUUAGAAUUCUACCUGUGCAUUGUCUGAGAGUCUAUACAGGACUAUACAGUAUUUUUUUGAUAAUUGCUUUCUUACGUUGUGAAUGCCAAUCGUCAUGCUGCCUUGUAGGCUAUGUGUUAGAUUACUGCAUCAGUUCAUUCAUGUUGAUUCAGUCAAAUAGUCCUUUUUCAUCUAUUUUAUUAUAUUGUAUAUUUGGAAUACUUAUGUUUUAUGAUGUUUUUCAUUUUAUUCUAUUUUCAUUAAAACCUGAAGCUUCGAGGCUAUAACCUCA